AUCCGAUCUGCAUCUGUGCUGCUUGCUCCUCUUCUCCCUCCCUCCCUCCCACCCACCCUUCGUCCUCGCCGGCGCUUCGUCCUCGCUUGUCUCCCCGAGAUUUGAGCUUUUUGUUUGGGUUCUCGCGGCGGCGGCGGAGGAGGAGGAGGUGCGGUGGUUGGUGGGGGAGAUCUUGAUCUGUAAUCUGUAGUCUGUAAUCUGCUGGUUGUUGGAGAGGAGUGGGGAGGGGGAUGGCGGCACAGGAGCAGGAGCAGGAGAAGCAGCAGGCGAAGACGAGCACGACGAGCUCGCUGCCGUCGAGCAGCGAGCGGUCCUCCAGCUCGGCCCCCAACAACCUCAAGGAAGGAGGGGUGGAGAGCGACGAGGAGAUACGGCGGGUGCCGGAGAUGGGCGGGUCGGCGUCGUCGGGGGCGGGGGCGGACGAGCGGCAGGGCAAGGAGGGCGGCGGGAAGCAGCAGGGGGCGGGGGGAGCGGCCGGCGCCGGGCAGGAGCAGGCCCCGCCGGCGAGGAAGCGCGGGCGGAGCGCCGGCGACAAGGAGCAGAACCGGCUGAAGCGGCUGCUGCGGAACCGCGUGUCGGCGCAGCAGGCGCGCGAGCGGAAGAAGGCGUACAUGACGGAGCUGGAGGCGAAGGCCAAGGACCUCGAGCUCCGGAAUGCCGAGCUCGAGCAGCGCGUCUCCACCCUCCAGAACGAGAACAACACCCUCCGCCAGAUACUCAAGAACACGACGGCGCACGCCGGCAAGAGGAGCGGCGGCGGAGGAGGCGGAGGCGGCAAGGGCGGUGACGGCGGGGGCAAGAAGCACCACUUCACCAAGAGCUAGGAGAGUGCGGCGGCGGCAAGGGUUGUGUGCUAGGAAUUGAAUUGUUCGUCUGAUCUGACCAUUGUUAGGGGACAUCGUCGAUGUUGCUGUUGUUCUUUGUUGUUGUUGACGUUUUUUCCCGUUUCUUCUGCUUCUUCGCUGUUCUUCUCCUACGCUUCGUCGUCUGCCUCUUCGCUGAUGGCUGCCAUUGCUGCUGUAGUGCUGUUGUUGAAACUGUUGUAUUUUAGUAGUGCUAGUGUUUUUACCGUUUACUUAUCGAAAGCUUAAGCUGCA